GAAAGGCAGCAGCAUGGCCAGUGUGCUGUCCCGGCGCCUUGGUAAGCGGUCCCUCCUGGGAGCCCGGGUGUUGGGGCCCCCUGGGGCAGCCCCACCGUUGGAGCCUCAGACUGAGCUGCUGGAGGGGGCGGCCACCCAGCCCUUCCUUGCCUCUAAGGACACUUCCUGCCAGGAGCAGCCCAAAGAGAUCCUCAAGGCUCCUGGCCCUUCGGGCCUCCAGCAGGUGGCCUUUCAACCUGGGCAGAAGGUUUAUGUGUGGUACGGGGGUCAAGAAUGCACAGGACUAGUGGAGCAGCAUAGUUGGGCAGAGGACAAGGUGACUGUCUGGCUUUUGGAUCAGAAGUUACAAAUCUGCUGUAAAGCGGAGGAGGUGUGGCUGGCUGAGCUGCAGGGCCCCAUCCCCCAGGCACCACCAGCCUAUAGGCCUGUCUCCAGGAACAUUGAUGUCCCAAAGAGGAAGUCGGAUGCAGUGGAAAUGGACGAGAUGAUGGCGGCCAUGGUGCUGACGUCCCUGUCCUGCAGCCCAGUCGUGCAGAGCCCUCCUGGGGCCGAGGCCAACUUCUCUGCUUCCAGAGCAGCCUGUGAUCCGUGGAAGGAGAGUGGCGAUGUGUCGGACAGUGGCAGCAGCACCACCAGUGGGCACUGGAGCGCAGGCAGUGGCAUUUCUACACCCUCGCCUCCCCACCCCCAGGCCAGCCCCAAGUAUUUGGGGGAUGCCUUUGGUUCUCCCCAGACUGAUCAUGGAUUUGAGACCGAUCCCGAUGCUUUCCUGUUGGAUGAACCAGCUCCACGCAAAAGAAAGAACUCUGUGAAGGUGAUGUACAAGUGCCUGUGGCCAAAUUGUGGCAAAGUUCUGCGCUCAAUUGUGGGCAUCAAACGACACGUCAAAGCCCUCCACCUGGGAGACACCGUGGACUCUGACCAGUUCAAGCGGGAGGAGGAUUUCUACUACACAGAGGUGCAGAUGAAGGAGGAAGCUGCCGCUGGCGCCCCCACAACUGACCCAGCCCCAGCCCCCAGCAUGACCAGCCCACCCCUUGCCCUCCUCCCUCCACCUCCUCCCAAAACCCAGUCCUCAGGCCCAGAACACCCCGGCCUGGAGUCUUAUCUGCCCUCUGGUGCUCUCAGCAAGUCAGCUCCUGGCUCCUUCUGGCACAUUCAGGCUGAUCACGCAUACCAGGCCCUGCCAUCCUUUCAGAUUCCCGUGUCGCCACACAUCUACACCAGUAUUAGCUGGGCUGCUGCCCCCUCCACGGCCUCCUCCCUCUCUCCGGUCCGGAGCAGGUCGCUAAGCUUCAGCGAGCCUCAGCAGCCACCACCUGCAGUGAAGUCCCACCUGAUUGUUACUUCUCCGCCCAGGGCCCAGAGCAGCACCAGGAAAGCCCGUGGGGAGGCCAAGAAGUGCCGCAAAGUGUACGGCAUCGAGCACCGGGACCAGUGGUGCACGGCCUGCCGCUGGAAGAAGGCCUGCCAGCGCUUCCUGGACUGAACCCACCCCGCUGCUGCCGCCGCCGCCAUCUCUGCCGCUGCAGGCUCCUGCUCCCUGCUCCCCGCCCCCACCGGCAGCCGGACUGAGAAAGACAGACGCAUCCUGUGCCCUCCGCAGAGACCUAACUGAUACAGAGUGGACAUUGGGAGUUUGGGCUCUAUUGGAUAAGGUUUAAUACUUAAAAACAUUUUCCCCCACCCACCCCUGACUUCCCUUUUGGGAACAUUUGAGUUUUUCAAAGAUGAAAGGAAAAUACUACCCCCCACCCCUGUACCCCUAAAAUAAGAGAGCCAAAACUGACCAAGGGUAUUCUGCAGUGAACCAGAGACCAAAGAACUAAUUACCCUCUCUUUCCCACGUCUCUGUCUAGGGGAUUAGUUUGCAUGUAUCAAAAGAAGGAACAGCUCAUUCUGUUUUCCUGCUGAGUUGGUGAAUUCUUUGCUUUCUCAACUCUUCCAGAAGGGACUGUGAGCAAGAUGAAUUUACUUUUCUUUAAAAAAAAAAAGUUUCUGGCUGAGGACUCCGAGAGCAGGACCUGUGGCUGGUGGGGGGCAUGGGGGGCAUCUGUGCACUUUUUAAGGUGCAGCUGGCCCGUCUUCUCCACCCGAAUCCAGGAGAAGGGAGAGCCUGUCCUCACCGAGCAGCUUCCAUGGAAGUAAAAGGAAAACCCUUUCUUGGUGACAACUAUUUGAAUCUGGGUUCCCUCUGAAGUUGGGCUGCAUCCCAACAAAUAUUGUAUGGCUUCUUCUCAAAGCCCAGACUAAUAGGUUUUUAAAGACUGUCCCCAAAUAGCUGAGCCAAAAGGCUGUACGAAUUCACUUUUUGAAAUGUGGCAGUUAAACACUACCUUGAUCCUUCUUUCCUCUGCUCCUUGGGGAAACGUUGGAGGGUUUCAGUAUUUGUGAAAGCCCUCUGCUGAGUGAACAAACUCCCUCUCGAUGUUCCUCCCUCCCGGUUAUGGAGAUGACACCUCUAAAACACUUUAUUUUCUUUUCCCAGUGUAUUCAGAAGCCUUUUAUCUGAUUAAAGUUUCCUUUCAUUUGGAUGAGAGACCCCUCCCCCAUCCAGCCCCCAGCCUGUGCAGGUUCCUCUUUGUCUCUAGCUUUACCUGGGAUUUUCCCAUUCCCUCCAAGGCUGCAGUUAGGGCUGGUGUGGGGGAGGGAGAGGACGAAAACAGAGGAGGUAGAAAGGUAAGUGGCAGCUUGCCGCCAUGUUGGAGACGGAGUUGGCAGGUUCCUGAUUGUUGUGUUGGCUCAGGGUCUGGGAGAAUGUGAUCUGCUCCCUAAGGUGACCAGUAGGACAGGACUCUGCCAUCAAUGCAGGAGGUCUCUGGAAUUUAAUCAGCGUUGGUCCAGUUCCUGAGAUGGGAGCGUCCGGUGGAUGUGGUGUAACCUUCUCAGAGGUAGCUGCUGAGCACCAUUUCUUGCUUGCAGCGGUGGGGGGGAAGGUCAGAAGAGUCCUGAGAACUCUGGUGAGGAGGGGCUGGGUUAGCAGCUCCUGGUGCUGCAGCCCUCAUCUUGUUUCUGGAGGCCCGAAGAAUUGAGAGCAGCCUGGAUCGCGUUGCUUGGGAAGUAAAUAAGCAAAACUAUUCUUGUUGACGAGGAGGGAGAUGUGGAUGGGGAGCUUGGUGCCCUGCAGAUCACUGCUUAAUUACAACCAGACAUGCUGGCCCUCAGGGAGGGCAUGAAUUGUUUUGGGGCUCCCCUUGCUCUUAAGCCUGACUUGUUUGGGAGUUCCUCAGGCCAGCAGGAGCGUGGCCACCCGGUGCCUGCCUGUCUGGGAUCUCAGUGCUGUACUUACAUGCUGGAGGUCGGGGGCUCGAGAAUCCCACCAAACCACCUCUCCUGGGGCUGGGCAGCAGCCUCCGUCCCCUGGCUGUACCUGAGGCCGUCCUCUCUCACUCCCAGGUGGAGAUACCGGCUUACCAAGGCCCUUCGGCCACUUCAUGUGGGACUUGUGCAGGUGUUUGUGAAUCUGUGACAGUGAGGGUUAGAAAACCCAACCUUAGAGGCAUGGUGUGUGAAGGGUGAUAGUGACCUGGGUUUGGUGAUGGAGGGACAGACACUCAUGCAUAGGUGUCUUUGGUGGUGAUGGGGUAUAUUUUUAUAACUUAGUUAAAAAAAAAAAAGGAAUCUGUCCCUAAAGCUGGAAACAAGGCCAGCAAGAGGUGGCCCAGGGGCCCUCCUGUCCCUUCCACCUCCCUGAGAAUUAAAAGCUGACGGCAGAUUGUGGCUCGUCCUGACAGCUCACCUCCCUCAUCCAUCUUCAGAUCUUCUUGGCAAGGGGAGGGGGCUUCUGAGACGUGAGGACCCUGCCCAGCAGCAUUCUCCCCUCUCCUCUUAAUCUUGGCUCUUGUCGAGUUUCGUCUUUAGAAAAGCUGUUUUCAUUUCCCCCCUCAGUUUGGACUUUGUCGAUAUAACUGGAUAUCUAGGCUUCCUGUAAGUGAGGGAGGCUUCUCUUGUCAUUGGUACACAGGGAAGAAAAGGAAGAGGAGAAACAAGAAAUGGAUGAAACAGUUUAAAACUGAGGUGGCUUUUUUUUUUUUAAUGUUUUAUUUUGGUGCAGCUUUUCCAUGUCUAUAUUUGCUCCUCUCCUUUUCCAUGGUGGUAGCCUUCUCUGGCCUCUGCCCUCUCACCCCACCUUGUGGCUGUUGUGUUCUUGACAUGUGCUCUGCCCUUGGGGUUGUCCCGUUUGUUUCUUCUCAGAGGGUGGGGGUGGCUUGUGAACCGAUCAGCGACUCUGCCUGUUCUCUUCAUCUUUGUGUCUCUCCCUGCUUCCCAGCCCACCUGGGCCGCAGACUCUGAGAGAAGGUCAGGUGCCACGGGCGUGCAUUUGAAACUAACAGGACUGAUUUUCUGUGAUUUUGGGAAACCCAUUUAUUCCGGGGAUGUUACCCUUAUUCAAAGUAUUUCUUGGAAUUUACCUUUGGAGUCUGUGGUGCCUGCUUUGAAUAGCCUUAAUGAUACGAAAUCUGUACCUAUGCUCAUUCAGUGCAGAGUCUGGUGAAUGAAUGAUAUCUGUGGUCAAGUGACUUGACAGGUGCAAAGCUCACAGGCUGACCAGUGAGGAAAAUAGCUUGGAUUUAUGUGUCUUUUAAGCUGGCUGUGAAGGCAGUUUUGUAAUUUCAGAGAGCGUUUUGGGCAAUAGCCACAUUGUGAUUGUAAGCCUAUAGCUUGACUCCUUGGAGGACAUUAUUAAUUUGGGUGUGGAAACUCUGAUUUGUUUGAAGAAAUCUGUCCUGUUACUUUCUGGACCUCCCACGUUCUGACUUUACUAGGGGCCAAAAAGAAAAAAAAAAAGAAAAGAAAAGAAAAAAAAAGAAAAAAGGAGAGAGAGAAGAGGGAGAUAAGUCCCAUCUGUGAAUUUGUCUUAUUGGCGCCUUUUCCCCCAGCUGUCUUCCAAGUAUUAUUUUUACUGUUAAAAAAAUUUUUUUUAAAAAUGUGAAAUGUAAUGUUUUUACAGCAACAAUAUGAAAUAUAUUUUAUAAGGAAUAAAAUGGUACAUUGUCUGA